ACAACGCACAACGCCUUCUCUCUAAAAGCGCUCCGGACUACCGGGUGUAGCACAGCAUUACGCGGCACAACUCACGCUCAAGUGGACUACAAACAGCGCAAAGCAGUUUUUUUUACGCAGGGUGGUUUGCAGAGAGAAACACGGCGAGAAAUUGGAUCAUUGUUCCCUUUCAACAGUUGUUGGAACUCUAAAGCGACAGAGGAGUACAGAACGCAUGAGGAUAUUUGAUCGUUUAACGUAGUCUACAUGAGACGACCGUCUGGGGUGAUGGUUAUUUUACACGACUCACUCUUUAACAAAUAGUAAAAUAUUAAAGCAAACUUUGUCGCAUUUAAAAGUAUACUGUAGCUAGCCAAAAUUCGUGGCAAACAGAAAUCUAACCAGAGCGCAAGACUCAAGAUGAUUGCUCUGAUCUUCACAGUAUUAUUUGGAGCGAGAGCGGUGGUGGGGACGCUAGAAGCCUGCAAGUCGGGGAAGCUCACCUCCUCUGGUGAAUGCUGCAAGCAGUGCCAGCCGGGAGAGGGAGUCCUGAAGGAGUGUGGCAAAACUCAGACAGAGUGCACACCAUGCCUGGACAGCGAGACGUUCUCCCCGAGCUGGAGCCACACUGAGCGGUGUCAGAAGUGCACGCAGUGCACGGGCCUCAUGCGCAUGGACACGCCCUGCACGGACACCAACGACGCCACCUGUGUCUGUGCACGUUACUGCGCCGACGGCUGGGUGGCUGGUGCACGCCUGCACUGCGGUAAAGCCCCUCGUGGCUCGGGCGUGCUGAUGCGCUGCGAGCCGGGCCAGGACACGUUGUGUGAGGACUGUGGCGGUGGGGACCUCUACUCGGACCGGGACAGUGACCUGGAGCCCUGCCUGCCCUGCACCAUCUGUGAGGACGAGGAGGUGCAGCUGCAGGCCUGCACCAGGACCAGUGACACGGUGUGCCAAGAUUUGAACACCCCGAACACCACUGAGUUCGCCGCACCCUCCACGAGCCCCCCUCCAGCCACCCCGACGCCCCCAUACGAUUCCACGCCGUCCUACGACGCAACCCCCGAGAGCGCCACCACCACCACCUUCAUCGCACGCGGCUUCAACGAGAACCUCAUCCCCAUCUACUGCUCCAUCCUGGCCGCUGUGGUCGCAGGGCUGCUCGCCUUCAUCAUCUUCAAGAGGUGGAAUAGCUGCAAGCAGAAUAAGCAGGGUGCGGGCAUCCGGACUGGCACUGCCAACCCCAGCCAGACAGACUGGCCUGAGGGGGAGGAAGCUCUCUCUCAUGAGUUUAUUGCUGCAUCCCUCCCCCAUGCCACCCCAACCCUGCCCACCCCCCAUGCCACCCCAACCCUGCCCACCCCCAUGCCACCCCAACCUGCCACCCCAACCUGCCCACCCCCAUGCCACCCCAACUCACACCCCAACCCUGCCCACCCCCAUGCCACCCCAACUCUGCCACCCCAACCUGCCACCCCAACUCUGCCCACCCCCCAUGCCACCCCAACCUGCCACCCCAACUCUGCCCACCCCCCAUGCCACCCCAACUCUGCCACCCCAACUCUGCCCACCCCCAUGCCACCCCAACUCUGCCACCCCAACCCUGCCCACCCCCCAUGCCACCCCAACUCUGCCACCCCAACCCUGCCCACCCCCAUGCCACCCCAACUCUGCCACCUUCUGUUCCUGUUCCUGUUCCUGUUUCUGUUCCUGUUUCUGUUCCUGUUCUUGGUGAAGAUAGAUGGAGGUCCGUGUAUGGCGUUGCCCUUGCAUUCGUGUGAGGAGGUGGAGAAGCUGCUGGUCCGGGGAGGGGAGGGGCAUGACAUGACGGAGGAGACUGAUUGGUGCAGCCUGGCGGGGUUGCUAGGAUACGAGGAGGAGCGCAUCGCCACCUUCAGAAAGGAGGAGCGGCCUAUUCAUGCUCUGCUCACCGAUUGGGCAAGCCAAGAUUCCGCCAGCGUGGACACGCUCUGUACCGCACUGAGGAAGAUCAACCGCGACGACAUCGUGCAGAGCCUCGGUGUCAAACCCACUGCCACGUCCGCCGUGUGAAACACACACACACACACACACACACACACACACACACACACACACACACACACACACACACACACACUCGCACUUGCACUCACACACACACACACACACACUUGCAUUCACACACAUGCGCAUGCAUACAUCUGCACACUAACAGUGCAUCCUCCUGUACCCUUCCAGGUGCCGUGUAUUGUGUGCUUCUGUGUUCCAUCACCUGAAGCUGUCAAUCACCUGUUCCAGAAACUUCAUCAGUCUAGACCACACCCUCAUCCAGUACAUCAUCACUCUAAACCACACCCUCAUCCAAUACAUCACCACUCUAAACCACACCCUCAUCCAAUACAUCACCACUCUAAACCCAUUACAUCACCACUAAUAACCACUCAUCACUGUCCAUCUAAACCACUUAGUCCAGGUCCUAUCUCCAGGCACUAAACUCCAUUACCCAUAAUCCCACCAAAUUGCUCCAAGCUCCACCCUUUACACGUUAAUUUCCUGUCAUAGUCUCUCCUCACACUGACAAAACAACUCCACUUCCUGUCAUCCACAUUAGCAUUCAGAAUCACCUGUGACGAAAACACAUCCACUCCAUCUCCACUCCCAUCUCAUCUGAAACUUCAUUUCACAUCUAACAUCUCAUCAACAUAAAUGCCUUUAAUCCUGUUACCAAACUAAACUACAUUACCCAUCAGUCCUUUCACCAAUCCAGGCUAUGUAAUCACGCCAUCCAUGCACAUAUUGUACAGAUCACCCUAUUGCCAUAGAAAAUAUGACUUCUGAGAUUGCCAUAAUCACCGAUUGCCAUGAUGGUGUGAUGCUCUCUGCUUUGUGUCCUGGACACGGCUUCGGUAUUGCCAGACCUAUCAUCAUCGCCUCCAUGUAUUCGCUGACUGAUGCAUAAGUAAACAUCUGGACUCUGUGUGAGUGCAGAGCUGCCACCACAGCAGACGUUGGCUAAUCACGCCCACGUCUGGAAGAUUCUGGAAGAAAUGGUGGCUUUGGUCUCUCUGCCAGAGUAGGUUGACCCAUAAGGCUUUGAUGUUAUGAGUUCUCUCGUGCACCGAAACACCAUGGAAAUGAACUGGCGUUGGUCCCAAUUGAGAAUCCGAUCUGAUUCAUUGUUCAACAGGCCUCGUGGCCGAACUGUGGGGAGGCCACUGGACGUUGAUUCUGGUUGAUGACUGAGGAAAGAGAGUCUGAGAUGAAAAAUGGCCUUCUGCCCAGCAAAGAAGAAUUCUACUGGAACUGUGUUCAUGCUAUUCCAUUCCAAAAGUGCAGUUGAGAACAGAGAUGUCCUCGCAUCACAGACUAACACCAUAACAAACACCUAAUAGCCAUAACCUCUUAUUAAAAAAAGAAUGCACUGUAUUUUUUUAUUUCUGUAUUUCUGUUUUAUUGUUUCUUUUCUUGCCGUUUGUUUUUGCCUUUGCCAUUGUUUUGUGUUGCUGUGUUUUGCCAGGAGUUUCCCUGAGAGCCGCGUUGUGGGGUAGCCCAGUGGUCUGUCCCUGAGAGCCGCGUUGUGUGGUAGCCCAGUGGUCUUUUGUUGAAGCGCUCCAGAUGGCCAGAGCCCUGGUGAUGCGGGCGGGACUGGCGAUGAGAGGCUACCUGAUCACGCAGAUGAAAGAGGAAACGAGAGAGUGCCUGCUUGCAGGGGACAGUCUCUCCAUAUCUCCAUAACAACAGAGGCCAGCCACAGGGUCAUGCACUCAGUGGCCUCCAUUACACACAGUAAACCCAUCCUCUAGACACACACACACACACACACACACACACACACACACACAGACACACACACACACACACACACACACACACACACACACACACACACACACACACACACACACACACACACACACAGACACACUUUUAGACUGAUUUGCAGAGAUUUAGUCCCAUUAUACCUCACACACAAAAUAGCCCACUUAUAGAAAGACUGUACAUGGCUACUUCCCUAGGACUGCCACUACCUAGGAAAGACCAGAAGCAGCUCUGUAGUGGAGAUCUGUCUCCGGUCAGCCUCGGCCUCUUUAAUGCGCUCUGACACCUAUGGAGCCUGAAAAAAAACCCAAGGCAGGUAACCAAUCUAGCCCCUUCACCAACAGCCCUGAUACCACUCUCAUUCUGCCCCCCUCUAAUUGCCACUCCUAUUACCUACCCCCCAUUACCUACCCCGCUGUGGCGGAGACAGGGCUUAAUAAUAAAUAUGGGACUGAUUUAGGGAAUAUUCUUUUCCAGAUAUCCAAUAUGGCUUCAAAUGCCACACAGUCACACCUGAGUACUUGAAAUGGAGGGCAUGCCUAAAUUCAAACACUGGUGAGAAAUGAAUUUCACUGGGAGAAGGGAUAGCAUAUGAUAGAGUAAGACAGGACCUGUGUGUGGUCAACUCCUUAGGUUUCAUCAUGACCAACAUCUAGAGGAACCUACUAGAGUCCUACAAUGUGACAGCACCAGGACCGGGUGCGGUGGCGACCCAACUUGAACUAAUCAGAGACAAAUGAAUAGUCCAUGGAAACUGACCACAGGAUCUUUGCCAUGCUCCGAUUGACCUUAUGGCCCCUGUGUGUGUAAGUGUGUGCGCGCGCAUGUGUGUGCGCGUGUGGUGGGGGUCACUUUGUCUUGACAAUAGAUACAACGGUAGACAGAACCUUGUUCAGAUGUCAUAGCAACACACACUAGAGCAGAGUGGCCUGUUCAGGUGUGUUGAAACACACACACACACACACACCGUAGGGUCGGCGGUUUAAGCAGCCCCUUCAUCACCUAAACAAAGCCAUUUGAAGUGCAGAGUAGGACUGAGGUGUAUCGUUUCCCCCCUAUUUUGUGUAGACAAUGUGAAACAGUCACCACAUACCACAUCGGCCCAGAGCAGCCUUAGCCGUGGGGAUGAGACAGACCGGGGGAAAGGUCAGGGGAGAUUUAUGGACUCUCUCACACACAUCAUGCCCUUACACACACACACACACACACACACACUCACACACAUCACACCCUUACACACACACACUCACACAAACACACACACACACAUACACACAUCACGCCCUUAUUGUGGAAUGUCAGAAUGCUUGCCUGUGUUAAAUGUAUGGUCCUUUUGCCUUUCAUACUUUAAACUGAAGGACUCUCAAUGCUGUGGAGGUGUUAAUUUGAUAACUGUUGGAGCCCUGUAGGUCAUAAAUUCAUGAGCUGGGCGUUGUCACCACCUCUCUUCACCUGUUGGUCCACAGGACCUCUACCAGUGGCAUUAGUGGGGUGAGGGCAUUAGUGGGGUGGAGGCAUUAGUGGGGUAGGGCUUUUGGGUUACAGGGUUACAUUCAGCGGCACAGCAAGCCCUCUUGCACCUCUUGCAGUGCUCUCUGUCUCUGUAAGUUACUGUUUGCCUUGAGGUUUUGGCGAACGUUUGCAAACACUCGCAAACAGUCUGAGGAGGUAGUGCUCUGUGAACAUUCAGUGGAGCUGGACAUGAGCUUGAUGAAGGCAACAAUGCAAUUACUGUUACCAUGGGAUGUUAACACCAAAUUGUUCAAAUUUAACUGUUCAAAGAAAACAUGUUCACCACAAACGUUCGCUACUGUUAGCCAAAUUUGAACGCACCUCUGAUCUAGUCUAUCCAUUUUAUGUGGUUAUUAUCUUUUAGUGCUUAGUUCUAAUUUCUAAGUUCUUUAGAACUAACUAACUGGGAACAUUUAUAUGCCAUAAAAUCCUUUGAACUAUUUUGAAAUGUAAUCUAGGAAGCUUCUACUUCAAAGUUUGUAACGAAGAGUGUGACGUGACUAAAGUAGAUGGUCCAGAUGGUUCAGUGGAAAUAGCACAAACAUGGCAGACUCAAACACAACAGAAGCUCAGCCACGAUGUGGGUGUGUGUGUGGAGUUGACCAUCGUCCUUCCUAUCCUGUCCUGCCUCUUAGCCUGUAUGUCUAAGAUGUGUGGAGUUACUACCCGACACUCUCCCGGUUUCAUUUCAUUCAUUUUGUUUUAUUGAUGUUAUCUCCACGAGGCCAAAGUGUUGUUCAAGGACACUCAGCUUUAGCUCCUUCUCUCUCACCUGAGCACUGUGGACUGUGGUGUUGAAUGAAGGUUCCCCUCACUCCCCUGCAUGGGCAGAUGGGGGAGGAGGCUCUUUUAUUAUUAGUUUAUUUUCUAAUCAACAAGUAUUACAUUUCUGUUGUCUUUUGCCAGAUUAGAUUGUAGCACUUAAAAGAGUUUUAUGUAAAUAAAUAUCUUUAGCGCCAGCAGUGCUUGAGAAGUUUCUCAUGUCUGUGCUGCUGCUGUUAUGUUCUGUUAUCUUAUGUUCAGUGUAAUUUUCAGUUGACUUGUUUUUCUAUAACUGUUGUACAUUGUUUUAUUCUUACAGUCUUUUGUUGAUAUUGUAUUUUUGUUUGUUUAUUUCCUACAUAUUGCCUUAAAGGCCUAAAGUUGUGUGAUGUCAGGACUGGACUGCCUUUGCCCCCUGGAAUGCCAUAGGAGCCAAUAGAAAUGCUCAACCAGAAAGCCCACCAAUCAGAUGCACUGGGCGUGUCCUGGUACCUUUAAAAUGCUGUAGUGUCCUAUCACGGUCCCUCUUCUUCAUGACAGACAGGCCGUCAGUGAUGGUGCCCUUAAAGUGGGGAACACACAGAAGUGUGUGUUCAGGUGUGUAUUUCCCCAAAGGCAGUGUAGAAAAGCUGGCAUCAAUGAAUGGAAAAAAUCAUGGUGGCGAUGACCAAGGUGGCGGCUUAACAGUGCUUCCGGAAAACACAGUGCUGGUGUGUGUGUGUGUGCUGGUCAGCUAUAGAUCUCCAUUAGGGGGUCCGUAUGAUUUCACCAUCACAUGAGACGCUGACUUGAGAAUGGAGUUGUGCCAGUGCAGGGACAGAUUUACGGCAGAUCCGUUCCGCUGUCUGAAGCUACGCUGGCGCUUGUCUGUCUCACGGUGGGCCUCUGAUUAGCCUCUGUUAGUGCGAUAGCUGUGACUAAAAGCCAUGUCGGUCCCUGUGUGUGUUCGGAGGACAGCGGGCUGGCUGUGUGUGUGCGGAGGACGGCGGGCUGGCUGUGUGUGUGCGGUGUGGACUCUUGCUGAUAAAGCUGUUGUCCACUGACGGAUUUACAAGGCACUGGUGAAGGGGGAGUCACUCGGGAGAGCUCGUUUAGGCUGCAGCAGCCGCAAUAUUCCGUUUUCAUUUGAAUCCAAAACACUUUUGUUCCGAUUAGCACAUUUUGUUCUAUUUCCGUUUUCAACCUCAUGAAACCGAGCGAUUUGGUGUGUGUGUGUGUGUGUGUGUGUGUGUGUGUGUGUGUGUGUGUGUGUGUGUGUGUGUUCCUCUGAGACCGCUGUCAAGAAGACAGAUCUGGUCAAAAGGCACAACGCUAAAAGACAAUCAUCGAACAUGUCUGGGGAGGGGGAGAGGAGAUGUGUCCAAGCUGCACAAUGGCUUCAGACAAUCACAAACGUUUGUUUCUUUGGGGACAGAAGGGGUCACAAUAUCUACACUUGACUACGCUGUGAGAAUGUGUGUGUGUGUGUGUGUGUGUGUGUGUGUGUGUGUGUGUGUGUGUGUGUGUGUGUGUGUGUG